AUGGUCGUCCUCAUCCAGAAAAACCAUGCAGCCAUCGCUGGACCUUCUCUUGGGAACGCAAGCCCAGGAGGCUCGGCUGCAUCCGAUGACCAUGAGUUCGACCCCUCAGCCGACAUGCUGGUCCACGAGUUUGACGAUGAGCGGACUUUGGAGGAGGAAGAGUUAAUGGAGGGCGAUGUGAACUUCAGCUCUGAGAUCGAGCACUUGGAAAGGGUGGGUGGAAUGGAGCACUUUGUGUCUUUUUAUUGCCUUGAAUUUGCCACUUUACAGCUCACUCCAUUGUUAUAG